AUGAAGACGAGUAAAAUGGGCAACGCCGGCAUAAAUCCCGCGGAAUCUUCUUGCGAUGCUCGUACAAGCGGCUGCGUCCUUUGGAAAAAAAUCUCCACGGAACGUGUACGCCAGCAGGAGAACAAGGAUAUUACGUUGGAAGACAAGAAACAAACACGGGGGAAACAAUUGUUCAUAAUCGACCAAACAAUUUUCAAAUCCUGUCAAACGAGCCUGUUCUGUCCAGAGAACUGUCAAACAUCCGAUAAAAGCAUGUUUGGGGCUGCUUUAAUGUCCGCGAAUUUAAGACUUUACGCACAAUCUUUAUCAACAAUCUAG